CACUCACCUUAUGUCCUUCGACAUUGGCGUCCCUUCUGGCCUUAAAGCUGUUGCGCUUGCAUUCCCCUUCCUCAGUGCAAGCUAUUACCUGAUGUCAGGCAGUUCGGGAUCAAGUGACAGGUCUUACCACUCCGCAGACGAGGGAGACCCAUGGUUCGAUAUCCAGAAUGGCAGCAGCAAGAAUAGUCAACGAGAGAGGUUGAAGCGCGUCGCUGAAAAAGCCAGCAGAACCGUUAGUUCGAGGGCGUACACUUUCCAAGGCACGGUGAACGACUUGGGAGACGCUCUUCGCGACAGCAAAGAAAACACACAGUUCUUCUCUCCAGAUUCCGAACUGAAGGACUGGGGCAGAGGGCGACCGUCCACUGACGGAACAACUGCGCAGGUCUCCGUGCUCAACAUCACGACCAUCGACGCCGCGCGUCUCCUUCACAACUCUUUCCGAUUCACUACUCCCCCCGACCGACCCUACCCCAGUUAUCCUCGCAUUGGCGUGCUUAAUUUUGCUUCCGCCACCAAGCCUGGUGGCGGGUUCAGAAAUGGAAUAGACGCACAAGAAGAGUCUAUCGCCCGAGUAUCAACCCUCUAUCAUUCUCUUGACACGAGGGAAGGCAAGAGGUUCUACAGAACCCACACCGACAAGAGUCGACGAGACCCCGACUUUCACUUCUACACCCACAGCAUGAUCUACUCCCCUCACGUCAUCGUCUUCCUCAACGACGAUGCGUCGUACGUUUCACCCGUCCGGAUCGAAGUCGUCUCGUGUGCAGCUGUCAACGCCAAAGAGCUCAUCCCUUCCAUUCCAAAGGGGCAGAACCCCAAAGUCCAACUCGCAUCUUUGAAAGUUCAGAUCGACAAAACGAUGCUGGAACGCAUGGCUCGGAUCCUCUAUCUGUUCGAGAAAAGAGGCAUCCGUAACAUCGUCCUCGGAACAUUUGGGACAGGUGUCUUCAGAAACGAGGUUGGGCUGGUGGCGAGGCAUUGGGCGAGUUUGUUGAUUGGGGAGAAUGCAAGGUUCUCGAAAUCGUUCGACAGGGUCAUCUUUGCGAUCACGGGGAAUGCCAACUUUGGAGAGUUCCACGAAGCGUUCGAGGCAUGGGGUGAAUCUAAGCAGACGGGGAGAUCGUCUAAUAACCAGCGUUCGACUUCAUAUAUCACUGGCAGAGGUAACUAG